AUGCGAAUAGGAACUUGGAAUGUCAACAGCUUUGUCAACAAGACCUCGGAAGUUACAUCAGAGAUGGCUAGGUUCAACCUAGAUAUAGUUGUUCUUUCUGAAACGAAGAAGAAAGGGAGAGGAAGUGAACAUCUCGACAACUUCCUUCACUUCUGGUCUGGGAUAGAUAAGGCAAAACGAGCUCAAGCUGGAGUAUCGGUACUGAUUGCGAAAAAAUUAUCUAAAUUUUACAAGAAUUACAACGCUGUCAACGAAAGAAUAGUAACUGUCACCUUGACCAUUUUCGGAUUGGAAACCGUAAUAAUAGGUACUUAUGCGCCCACAGAUGAUUCAAACCAAGCGGAAAAAGACUCUUAUUAUGCUGCACUCUCGAAAGUCCUCACAGAAAUAAAACCGAGCCAGGAAGUCUUAAUCAUGGGAGACCUUAACGCAAGAAUUGGUAAGAAAGAAGAUAGUAAAGUGGUUGGAAAACACGGUGAGGACGUCCUUAAUGAUUCUGGAGAGAGGUUAAUUGACUUUUGCGAACUGAAUGGUCUACGUAUACUUAACGGCUUCUUCCCACACAAAUUAAUUCAUCGAUAUACCCGAGAAAGGCCUCUCUGCAACAAAAAUCUAUAA